AUGAAAUUCAGAAUAGGAAACUGGGAUUUGCUGAAGAAGAGUCAUCACAACAGCGAGGAUUCAGGUCGCCAAGCUAAGGAAUUGGAUGGUGAACGUGACCAAAGUUCAUCCCGAAGUUAUCCACGCAGACCAAGUGCUACGGUUGAAGGAAUAGGAUUUAUUCAAAGAAACGGCGACGUUUUGGUCGGAAUGAGACAAAAUUCCACUGCGCACAUUAUCGACACACAAUUACUAAUCGGCCCACUGCAGUAUGUAAUGGAUAGAAAAUCAGGAUUCCUUCUUCAACAAUCGCGUGUAUCAAUGCCUCAACUGACAGCUAAACUACGUUUGACGGAAGUUGAUGGGAAAUUGGUCGCAGUAAGAUUCAAACCCACAAAAAUUCGUCCUAAUGAAGCAUUGGUUACUCUUCGAUUAAGUGAAAAUGGGAAGGUACCGUCACAUUUGGAGACGGCCCGUCUUGUGUCUUAUCUGAGUCGGGAAAUGACGAGAGUUUGGAACUCUGGAUAUCUACUGCGUCGCGUCAAACGCCAGUUUAAGCAGUUAUUUAUAGAGGAACAACUGACAAGAAAACAGAUUCCAAGCACGACGACGCUCGGAAGAUUGUUCAAAUGUUAGCCUUUUCAGCGUUUGAGGAACCCCUGUCAGCUGAUACAGGAAAAGAUAACAAAGAGUUGUCGAAAGCAUAAAUGCUUCUAACUCCGAAUAUUUUCAUAUCAUGAUUAUUCUAUACACUUUAACGCAAAUAACUUUGCCUGGUAUAGCGAACCCAAAUUACUUUUUACAACUAUUAAAUUCACGAAUUACCACAUUACGAUACAAAAUACAAUGAAUUCUAUAACUA